AUGAACAACGAUUUAGAAAUAAUAAAAAAUCAAGCCACUGUAAAUAUAGGAACUAUUGGACAUGUAGCACACGGAAAAUCUACUCUAGUUCAGGCAAUUAGUGGUGUUUCAACAAUAAAAUUUAAAGCAGAACUGGAAAGAAAUAUUACCAUAAAACUUGGAUACGCUAAUGCUAAAAUUUACAAAUGCCAAGGAACAUGUAAAAGACCGGAUUGCUAUCAAGCAUUUGGUUCUGCCGCACCUUUAGAUAAAAAAUGUAAAUCUUGCAAUGGUACACUUCUUCUUGUAAGACAUGUAUCUUUUGUAGAUUGUCCUGGUCACGACGUAUUAAUGGCCACUAUGUUAAGUGGUACGGCUAUUAUGGACGCAGCUCUGUUACUAAUAGCAGCUAAUGAGCCGUGUCCACAACCGCAAACAACUGAACAUCUUUGUGCGGUAGAAGUUAUGAAUCUAAAAAAAAUUAUUAUUGUGCAAAAUAAAAUAGAUUUGAUUUCUCGGGAACAAGCACUAGAACAACAUGAUCAAAUACAGGAAUUUUUGACCAAAUCUAAGGCAUCUGGUCCUAUUAUACCUACCGCUGCACAGUUAGGAGUAAAUGUAUCAGCCAUUUUAGAUUAUAUUGUAAAUUACAUCCCGCAGCCACAACGUAAUGAUUCUGAUAAUCCAAAAAUGAUUAUUAUUAGGAGUUUUGAUGUUAAUCGACCUGGUGCUACUAUUGAAGAAUUAUGUGGAGGUGUUAUAGGCGGCAGCUUAGUGAAAGGUGUGCUAAAUGUAGGCGACGAGGUAGAAAUUAGACCAGGGCAUAUUACUAAAAUAGAUAAAAAGUUUAUAUGUCGUCCUUUUAUUUCAAAAAUACUAUCACUAAAAGCUGAAAAUAACAAAUUAACAAAAGCCUAUCCUGGUGGUCUUAUUGGUGUAGGAACUAAAAUUGAUCCUAGUUUUUGCAAAUCAGAUAGACUUGUUGGACAAGUAAUGGGACUUUUAGGAUCUCUGCCACCUAUAAGAACAGAAAUAAUGGUAAAUUACGAAUUAUUUCAGAAAAUUAUGUCGCAGGACAAACAAGAUUUGAAAGUUGGUGAACAUUUGCAGUUAAAUAUCGGUAGUACAAUAACGGGCGGGAUUAUUAAAAGCGUUGAAAAGAAUAACGCUUUUUUUGAACUUAUUAAACCUACGUGCUGUGAUUUAAAUGAAAGAAUUGCUAUAAGUCGAAAGAUUAACAAUCAUUGGCGACUUAUAGGACACGGAAUAAUUUUAGAAGGAGAUGAAAUUGAACCAACUUAUUACUAA